UUGAGAUAGUAACCAUGUACUUGUGGUUCUUGUCGUAAAAAAGGUAUUUUAGUUUGAACGUCGAAACUAAAGUGCAUCACGUAGUAAUGUCGCAUACCCUACGUCCUGAAUUUCUGCGUCAACACGUGGUAUUCGUAGCGCACUUCGCGGGCGUUGUUCCUAAUCGGCGACUGUAAUAUCGGGCACAUAUCAAGAUCGAGUCAAUUUUCACGGAAUUUUCUGAAGAUAAACACUGUUAAAAACAAUUCCCAGCUAGUUUCGCAAGUUGUUUUAUAUCUGAGACAAAAGAAGUUUACGUAAUCGCUUCCGAGUUAUUGCUGUGCACCCGAAAGCACUUAGAAAGAUGUCCAAAAAGUACCGGCACAAAUCUCAGUUCGUUAAACUCCUUAUAGGACGCGUCCAUGUAACUAAAGCGUCGACAUUUCGAAAAAAAAAAACGAAAGUUCAGAAGUCGCCCUUCACGCGGCCUCGAAAAGCUCUCGCAUCGCGUAGUCUGCGCACAAUCAUAAAUGUAUAACGCCCACGAGCGGCGAAAGCAGAGAGAACUCCAUUGUGUGGUCGGUACACAGCCAAAGGCAACAUGCUCGCUGCGCUUGGAGGCUUUUUCGUGGUUUUACGCGUCAGCGUCGUCAACGCACAAGUGUGCUCGCCCCGAGACGUCAUCGCCAAAGCACUGGAAGAUGCACCCAAUGCGCAAAAGCUUAUGCAAGAAACAACGAUGACGACCUUCUUUCUUCUCUACCAUUCAUGGGAUAAUACGUUUGGUUCAAAAUAUCCUUGCCUACGCGUUGCAAAGGCCCCAUUUUCAAAAAUAACAAACGUGCCUUUGUACGUGUACGGCUACAGGCACAAAAAUCAGCUACGGUCAUCUUUCAAGCCAGUACAAGUGAACAAAACAGAUGAAGCUUAUCGGCACCAUAACGAAUUCAGUGUCGAUAUUCAUAUUGGGAGAAGAGUACAUCGUGAAGUCUUUCAGGUUAUAUACACUGAUUAUAAGCACUGCAUUGUCCUUUGGACCUCAAAGUUGGGCUAUCAAAUCUGGGUGGACUCGAAAUAUCUGAAGACAAACAGAAAGGCGCCAUCCAUAUGCUCGUUCACAUACGAGCUGUUAGCACCAGGCGAAAGGCAUGUAGUUUACAUGUGGAAGAAGUGCAUUUUGUAAACAUGAAACAAAAGGCUCUAAAGUGUGUGGGUUCUCUUUCUCGAAUAAUUCCACAACUACUGCCCAAACGCGCGUGUAACUAGAUAUGAGACCAACAAUGCUGUAAAAGGCUUCACUUUGUGCCCUGCACAAAUAGUAUGUAUAUAUAUAUAUAUAUAUGUAUAUAUAUAUAAAUUCUCUUCAAGGCCUCGUAUGAGGCACUGGGCAAGGAGGGCGUCACAGAAGGACUAAAAGUGGUUCACGUUUGUUUAUUGUUAUCGCAUGUACAAGAAACGGGCUUACAUAUUACAUACAGCAUCAGGAGGUCCCGGAGUAAGAAACUGCCAGGGGGACCUCCUAUCAUUAGUGGGUACAUAAGAGCAUCAGAGCAGCAAGUAGAGGGCGAACAAACAAACAAAACAAAAAAAAGGAAAAAAAGCGUCUCAAGGAAUACAAUUCGUAGGGGACAAUUUAUAAUAACUGGAAAACAAUUGGAUAUGCAUUAAAAAUAGCUUUAUACAGUAAUAUCACUAUAAAUAAUGAUAGGCAGGAAUUUUUCGUAAUGUGUAAAAAAAUUUGCCUCUUCUGCAUAUUACUAACAAAGAAAAAUACAAAGUUCUUUACACAAAUAUGAAGCCUAACGAUACAAUAAUAAAAGUAAUGUAAAGAAAACGUAAUAAUUAUGCAAAUGUAUUUAUGACAAAUGAAAAGAUGGUUCUGCUAACAGUAUUGUUUUCAUAUUUUGUUUAAGAAGCUGCAACAAAAGAGAUAACUUAAUAUUAACAUGGAUGUGAUUCCAAAGUGAAAUACCAUAGAAGCGAAGUGUAAAUUUUCCAUAGUUGGAUAAUAUUUGAGGUAACAGAAGAUUAUUGCGUUCUGAAAGCCUAGUAUUAUUUUAGUUCAUGAGGUUAUCAAAAGAAAUGCUGCCUAAUUAUAUUUCACGACGAAAGAGACGAAAUGUAAUGAGUGACAACUUGUGAUAGAACAGCUGUUGAAUGGGUAAAACGUUAAGAUGUUGAUAGAUAGGUAAAGAAUGGCAGCGGAAUUAGCUAAAAGUCAUUAAUUUUAUUGCCUGAUUUUGAAGACGUUCAAGUGGUUUGAGAUGAAUGGCAUAUGUAUAACCCCAUGAAGAUAAACAGUAUGAUAAAUGGCUAUUAAUAUAAAGAUACAAAGAUCUAAUAACAUGAAGUUUGAAGAAUGCACCCGUUUUAAUGACAAUGCGGAUGCCAAGUGAAACCUUUUUUAUUAGCGAGUUAGCAUGGUUAUUGACCUUAAGGUGUUUCUCGAGAGUAACACUUAGGAACUUAACAGUAUCAGAUGUCGGUAUAAGAUAAUUAUUUACCGAGACAGUUAUGGAAGAAAUUGAUGUUUGCGGGUUAUGAAAUAGUAGAAACGGUCGUUUUCAACGAUUGAUUUCAAGUUGAUUAUCUGUGCACCAGGAAUACACAUUGUUAAGAUCAGUGU